AUGCUACUGCCACCGCCAAGAGUCCUGGACACCACAGGAGACGUAUGGCAAAGUUGGAAGACGUGGCGGCAGGAGUUCGAGCUCUUCGCAACGGCAACGUACCUAAACCAGCAACCCAAAGAGGUACAGGCAGCCACUUUUCUCAUGAUUAUCGGAGAGGACGCGCGCAAGACGUAUAGCACUUUUGCUUUUGCAUCGGAUGAAGAGAAGUCGGACGUAGAAGUCCUGAAACUUAAAUUUUACAAGCCCGCACUAAACCUAGCCUAUCACGAGUUUCGUUUUGGAAAGCGCGACCAAAAUGAGGGCGAAAGCUUCAACGACUGGUUAACAGACCUACGAGUGCUAGCAAAAAGUUGCGAGUUUGGGGAACUCGAAGAGCGUAUGCUCAGAAGCCGUAUUAUUCUUGGAAUAAGAGACAAAAAGCUGCAAGAAAAGCUCGUCUCUGAAAAUGCUUCAUUCGCAAAGACGGUAGAAAUGUGCCGCUCGCGAGAACAUGGCAAAGAACAGUGCGAAGAAAUACAGGCACGCCCCAAAAGCCAUUACGCUGCUGAGGCAAAAGGUCGGCGUUGCACAAAGUGCGCAAAGAUACAUCAGACUGACCGUGUCUGCCCCGCAAAAGGGCGCACAUGCAGAAAAUGCGGCGGAAGGAAUCACUUCGCCAUAGCCUGCAAGAAGAUGGCAAAAAACUUUCACUCGAAAGAGCAAAAGGUAGCAUCUAUUGAAACGCAAGACGGCGAAACGCAAGGCGAUUUCUGGUUGGAAACAGUAUCGCAUGUCCAUGGGAAAGACGAUCGCUGGACGGCUACCAUUCAGAUAGAAGGAAAACCAAUUUUUUGCAAGCUGGACACAGGCGCAACCUGCUCAAUUAUCGCGCGCAGCCAGCUGCAGAAAAUAACAAACAAGCAGCCACACGACUGUAACGUAGUUUUAAACACGUUCUUUGGCUUCCAGAAAAAAGCAACGAAACAAGUUCGUCUCGAAGUUGCAAUGAGAGAAAGCAAGAUUCAGACAGACUUUUUUGUUGUAGAGGACGAGGUUGCCGUGACGUUGAGCGGCGCAGUUGCUGAAGAGUUGGGCUUACUAAAAAGAGUCUCUUAUGUCGAGCCACUAGAGCUUUACGAUGCUGCGAAACCUUACAAAGACGUUUUCGAGGGCCUAGGUCAAUUGGAGGGUAUGGUUUACCACCUGAAGCUCAAGCCUGGUUCCCAGGGAGCAGUGAAACCAGCACGGCGGAUUCCAAUAGCAUUGCAAAGCAAGGUGAAAGCAGAGCUGGAUCGCAUGGAGACAUCGGGAGUGAUCGCGCAAGUGACAGAGCCGACGGAGUGGGCCAGCAACAUGGUCGUCGUCACUAAAGGAGAAAAGGUACGAAUUUGUUUAGACCCUUCUGAUCUGAACAAAGCGCUGCUUCGCGAGCACUAUCCAAUGCCAACAUUGGAAGACAUAGCACCUUCGAUCAGUGGCGCGCAGUACUUUACAACUUUGGACGCAGCCUCCGGUUUCUGGCAAAUCAAGCUAGAUGAAGAAAGCUCCAAAAUCUGCACAAUGAGCACUCCCUAUGGCCGUUACAGGCGAGGACGCUGCUACCAGUCACAGAAAGCCACCUGCGACCGCAAACCAUACCCCCUCAAGACGUGCAACGGAGGCUCCACGACAUCAGGACUAAACAACGUUCCUUCUACAACCGAGGCACAAGGUCUCUACCAGAUCUUCCUAAUGGCUCCCGCGUCACAGUGUACAGCGUGCCAUCAAAAACCUGGUCCCCUGCUACAGUUGUCAAGCCUGCCAACAGCCCGAGAGCCUACAUUAUCGAGACCGAAGAAGGGCUCCAGUUGCAGCGCACCAGGGAACACCUCCGUCUGGCACCCACUCCUGCGGCAGACUCAUUGGCGCCCACACAUGCACAUCGACUCACA